AUGGCCGCGACAGUAGGAAUCGAGCAACAACACACUGAUCUCAGCGAGAUCACUACUUCUCCUGGUCACAAGCGGAAGCGGAAUACCGAGUCGAUAUCUCCAGACUCGCGCCGUAGCAAACGACCAGCACCGCCUGCCACCAUGAAUGUCACCGACUCGGAGGCUCAGGCCUUCCUCGAGAACACGGCGGUGAGCAUCGCCCAAGCCGCACACGACCAGGUCAAUGUGGAUGACUUCAGUGUGCUCGCUCAAGCGACUGCAGAUCAUGCCGAAGAGCCCGGCGAUGCCAACAAUGCUACUAGCACUGCUGCUGCCGCUCUGAACAUGUACCCUUCUCUGCAUGUUCCGCAACCCACGGAAGAAACCUUUGUCAACCAGCAGACUUCGGAACCUCAGCAUGACGAGAAUGCCUUCAACAUGUCCGGCCCCCACCCGGAUGGCCUUCCCGCUAUGCCACGCGCGGUAAACAUGCACCCACAGUUGCAGAACGGUGUCCAGCAGGUGCAGCAAGUACAACAGGUUCAACAGGUUCCGCAGGAGCAGCGCUACACUCCUGCCUCCAACCCCAAGCCGGCCGUCGGAUCAGAAGAAUGGCACAAGAUGCGUAAGGACAAUCAUAAAGAAGUUGCGGGUGUUGACGCUUGUUUAGUGGAACGUCGCCGUCGUGAGACGAUCAACGAGGGCAUCAACGAGCUGGCCAAGAUUGUGCCCGGAUGCGAAAAGAAUAAGGGCUCUAUCCUUCAACGGGCAGUCUCAUUCAUCACCCAGCUCAAAGAGAACGAAACUCAAAACAUUGAGAAAUGGACUCUGGAGAAGCUGCUCACAGAACAGGCCAUCGCCGAGCUCAGCCAGUCGAACGAUAAGCUCAAGUUUGAACUCGACCGCGCCCUUCGGGAACUGGAAUUAUGGAAGAGCGUAGCACAAAAUGCCGGUCUCAAGAUUCCACAGAAUGACGAACGCAACGCCAGCAGUUAG